AACUUUAACUCUGUAGGUUUUAUAGUGAAUUCUCCGCUAAUUGUACAAAUAAUUAAACCAAUUAUUUACCAAAUCGUACUCGAAUUCCUGCUGAACGCAAGGGAUAUAAAAUUGCAUCAUUAAAUAUGGGAUUAUCGUGAUGAAAUCGUUUUAGAAAUGUGUACAACAGUGAAAAUUUUUAGCAUUGGAUAAUUUUUUUCUCUUUCUUUUGUGCUUUCUGUGACUGUGUUGAAAUCGAAACAAGCGAAACCGAAAGAGAAGAAAAACGACCAAAUUAGUCGGGCAGCCAGCAUUGAAGCGAACUUGUAAAAAUAUUUUAUGUUUUUGAAUUGAACCAAAUUCUUGCUAAAAUUUUAAAUGAUAUAUCUAACCUUUCGAUGUUGUGUAUGGUUAAGAAAGAUAUGUAUAAAUUGAAACUUGAUCGGCAAUACAUAAAAGUAUAAUCACAACAAAAAAGAAAUAACACAUGCUAAAUAUAACGGAAAACAAUCGGUGUUUCAAAACACAAUAAAAACUAACUACAAUUAAUAGAGUCUACAACGAUCAGCCAAUUGUCAAAAAGUGGAAGCCAAUUUAAUAGAAUGACAUUGAUCGCUUAUUUCGUCGUCUAAGAAAGUAAGAUUAAAAAAUAAACGUUGAACGUUCCUUCAAAUAAAAAUAAAAAGAUAACAGUAGAGUUUAUAGACUGAUUUUGUAUUAUAAUUAGUGCGAAAUAACAAAUUGUGGAUAAAAUAAAAAUUAUUGCUUGAAUAGGUGUCUGGCGUGAAAUAACAAGCGAGCAAAUAGAUGGUGUUUUGUAUGUUCAGAUUUAGAAUAUAAUAAAUAACAAAAAUCUUCACCAAAUGUUUGUGACGAUCAGCCCAAUCUUUCCAUAGUACACUUUUCAAUCAAAUUAGGCGUGAACACUUAAGAGCUGAAAAUGGGCAAACGUAUGGCUGUCGUUGAGGCAAAGCAUUCAUUGCAAGCCACACGCACUAUACGCAAACGUAAGCGAAACUCUUCUGGAGUAGCAAUUGAUUCCGAAAUGAUCACGACAACACCCAAGGCAACAAAAGGAAGUCAUAACUAUUGGCAUGAAAAUGAUGAUGAAGAUUCUUCUUCAAAUGAUGCCACACAUGUUACACCAGUGAUGAGAAAUCCAUCCACAAAGCACGCCAAUAAUUCAUCAAUUCUUCUUAGCGCGAAUACAUCGCUGAAUGAAUCCCCAAAACCAGUAUAUACAUUAUUGCCAACCAUAGUUAAUGGCACUAUUAUGUACGACCUGAUGCAGAAACCUUGGCGGCUUGGUAAACCUAUUGGCAAAGGAAAUUUUGGAGAAAUUUUUCUAGCUUCAGAUAACACUUCCAUUCCGGUUACUAAUGAAAAUGCAAAGUUCGUUGUAAAAAUUGAACCGCAUUCAAAUGGACCCUUGUUUGUGGAAAUUCAUUGUUUGAUAAACACUGCCAAAGACGAAGAUAAACAUAUAAAAACCGAAACUGAUAAAAAUAUUAGACAGGAUAUUACGGCAUCACUACCGCAACACUUACCCACCGGUAUACCUAAAUAUAUUGCUUCGGGCUCUCAUUACUUUGCAGAUGCACGUUACCGUUUCUUGGUGUUGCAGCGUUUUGAUCGCGAUUUGCAUUCGUUGAUCAAAAAUUGCCGAGUCCAUCAGAAAUGCGUGUUGACUCUAGCCAUACAGAUCGUAGAUGUAUUGGAAAAAUUACACGAUAAGGGCUACUGCCAUAAUGAUGUUAAAGCACAAAAUCUUAUGCUAUCCAAAUGCAAGUAUUAUAAAAAACAAACUGCAACUGCUCCCGUAACCGGUGCUGGCAAAAGCAAAUCAUCUCGUUCUUCAAAUAUAAAAUCUUCAAAUUAUGAUGAACAUUACGAAGAAAAGCAACAGACCACGGAUAGUGGAAAUAGUUCCGAGCAGGAAGCCAACGAUGAGGAAGAAGAGGACGAAGAUUUUGUCGUUAAACGGAAUCGAUUUGUAGACGAAUAUGAUGAUGAGGAUUUUGAUGAUGGCGCAACUACAAAUAGUAAUAACAGUAACAGUGUAGAUAUUUACGAAACACCAAUAAAUCGCAAACGUCGUCCGAAAAAUAAUGUGGAAUUCUGCGGUUCCAAUCCGGUACGCUCAUGUCGCCGUCAAAAGAGGAAUUCCAUAUACGAAGAGAUGGUGAAGUCUCAUUAUUUACGACCUACAAAACGUGUUAGUUACUCAGAAUUCUUUAAUGAAGAUACUACUUCCAUAAAAGAUGAACCAUUCGAAUCUAAAUAUGUGACAACCGAUGAUGAUUCCGAAGAAUUUUUACCAAAAUCUGUUCGUCGUUCUGCUACAAUAAAGAAAUCGAGCCAUGCCUCAAAUUCCUGCUUACCCACAACACGAUUAACACGCCGUCAAGAGAAAUUAUUUAAUAGCUUGAACGCUAAAAAGCAUUUACAAAAAACUAGCAGCAAUAAUUCACCAUCCACAGCUGUUGCAGAGUCGCUUGUAGCCGUUGAGGAGGAACGUAUCUUUCUUAUUGAUUUCGGAUUGGCUUCCAAAUUUAGGGAUAAUGGUGUACAUCGUCCAUUCGUAAUGGAUCAACGCCGAGCACAUGAUGGUACUUUAGAAUUUACAUCACGAGACGCUCAUAUGGGUGCACAUUCCCGACGUAGUGAUCUAGAAUGUUUAGGUUACAACUUGAUGUUCUGGUCUCAGGGUUAUUUGCCAUGGAAGGAUGCAGCAAUUCAGCAUCAACAGGAAAAGGUUCAUCGUGCCAAGGAAUACCUAAUGACUGAUGUCCGUGAAAUGUUGAAACAAAUCUAUGGCAAACAGGUUCCUAAAUAUUUGGGUGAAUUUCUACAUGAAGUUAGCCAAUUGGCCUACCACGACCGACCAGAUUAUGGACGAUACCGCCGCUUAUUCGAACGCGAAUUUCAACAGCUCGGAUAUUCACUUGCAGAAUUGCGCUUGGACAGCAAGGAAAUUAUGCGCACUUGCGUACGUGUUAAGGAGGAAAUUGAGAAUAAAAACGAUAUAUUCGAAAUGAAUAAAAUCAACGGCAAUGCAACAUGGAGUAUUAAGAACAACUUUUCAGUGGGCACACCAUUCCACGAGCGCACUCUCUCAAAUAGAGUGUCGCCAAAAAAUUUGAGAUCCAAAUCGGACAAGAAAUCACUGAAAAAAAAGAAGUUUUCAUGGGCAGAAAUUCUGUCUCAAGAUCCUGAUCAGAUUGCACGGGAACGUGCCGAGAAAGAAUUUGAUCGAGAGGAGGAACUUAGUGAAGUGCAACAACCAAUAGUGCGUCGUUAUGAAGGAAAACCAACAUAUGCCAUAUUGGAAAUACAAAAUCGCCUCAGAUUAAGUGGCAGAUUAGCAGACGAUGAUAGGGACUCACAUCAAGUAGGAGCUGCUAAUCAGACCGACGAAGAUGAGGCGAAUGAUGAACAAGAGGAGGAAGAAAUGGAAGCAGAAGAGACCGAAGACAUGGAAGCUGACGAUGGAGAUUAUGAUGAGGACGACAUAGAAACAGAUGCUACAGAAUCUACAGACCAUGCGCCCAAUAGUGGUCAUAAUACACGCGCGCACAAUACCAGAUCUACAAAAAAAUCCAAUUGUAUACAAUUAGAAGAAACAGAUAGUCGGAUUCAGAGUACCACUAAGCAACGUACGGUUAAUAAUUCGGCAAAAUCUGCAUUUAAAACAACAGCAGCCACAUCCAAAACAAGUCAUGGCACAACAACAACCAAUAAAACGGCUACGAAAACCAGUAGUAAACGGAGCAGUGCCAGUGCGGCCCGUAGUAAUCGUAAAGGUUACAAUAAUGAAGGAACUCGAAAUGUCUGUCAUUCAACAGUUAAUAGCAGCAGUGUUACGGGUAGGCCAGAACGACGGACUCGUCGUUGCUUAAUUAAGACUGAAACAGGGAUGAAUGAUAUAAUUGAUCAACAGGAGAGCAAUUCAAAUUUCAGUCCGGACGUUUGUAGUUUAUUCAACGUUUGGAAAAAGAUCAAUAAUGAAAACAUCUUCUAUAGAGGCAACAAUGCUGCAGCAGCGGCAACUACACGACAAUGUAAAAAGUGAAAAAUGUAAGCAUAUAUCGUUUCUAUAGAAACUGUUCAAAUAUUUUUAAAUUUCGCGCCGCUUUCAACUAUGAUAGAAUAAUUUUGCAAAACUUUGGUUAGAAAUGCAUAACAUAACAUAAUAUAGAAUAAAGUAGCGUAGUUCAGAAAUACCCGUUUGACAAGAGAAGAGA